AUGGAUGAUGAAUGCCAAUUCAGGGAGGUCACAGUUAAAUUCGGAGGGGGCGACGAAGUAAGGGUGCGUGAGCUGCAUGUUGGUGCAAAAGCCAAAAGCUCGCCCUCGUCUCUCAAGGACCCAACGUCACUGCUCUACCAUUUCUCUGGAUGCGCUCUGUGCGAGGCUGCAGUCGUCUUGGCCAGGUGGGUCUAUGGUAACUCGUCCCUCUUCCAGGACAAGACGGUGAUGGAGCUGGGAGCCGGCUGCGGUCUGGUUGGCCUCGUCUGUGCUCACUUCGCCUCGCGCUUGUACCUCACUGAUCGACUGCCCCUGGUCCUGGACAAUCUGCGGCACAAUGUGAGCAUCAACGCUGCACUUGCCCGUAAGGGUCCGCUCUUGUGCAAGGACAUCACAGCAACCGCCCAAGUGCACCACUUGGAGUGGGGUGAAGCCGACGCCGCAAGCAGAGUGUUUGAUCCCGUCGAUGUGGCUGUGGGAUCGGAGGUAAUCUACCUGUCCGCGCACGUCGACCUGCUCAUGAAAGUGCUCGAUGCCUACCUGCUGCCCGAGGGCGUGUUCUACCAGAUCUGUGCCCAGGAGAGAGAGGGCUUGGACCGGGUGAAGGCGAAGGUGGAGGAAAGAGGCGACUACAGGUGCGAUGUAGCGCCUGUCAACAUUGGCGAACUGUUCCCGCAGCGAAGCAGUACAGUUGAGGGAGGCGAUGGCGACGAUAGCCAGUCGUGCUGUCUACUGUUUGAUCAAGUGAUCGACCUCCGGCACUUCAACCCGCUCGAAGACUUCAGCUUCGUCGUCACCAUCACCAAGCUCCGUUCAAAAUAA